CGCAGGGCGCAGGAGAUGGAGCCGCUGGAGGCCAACGGCACCUGCAGCAACGGGUCUCUGGUGACCCUUUCAUGCCUCUCCCACCGGGUUGUGUGCCGGGUGAUCAGCGAUGCUGAGCCAGCUGACUCUAUCCAGGACAAUGGAACUUCGGGUAACUUCUGGAUAACUCAACUGGAAAACAAUUAUGGAUUCUACAUUGGCCUGGGCUUGGCUGUUUUCUCCAGCUUCCUCAUCGGAAGCAGCGUCAUCCUCAAGAAGAAGGGGUUGCUACGGCUGGUGGAGAAGGGAGGCACCAGGGCAGGAGAUGGAGGCCAUGGCUACCUAAAGGACUGGCUCUGGUGGGCUGGCUUGUUAACCAUGGGUGGAGGGGAAGCUGCCAACUUUGCCGCCUAUGCCUUUGCUCCUGCAACUAUUGUCACGCCUCUGGGGGCUCUGAGCGUGCUCAUAAGUGCCAUUCUGUCUUCAUAUUUGCUUGGAGAACGGCUCAACCUGCUGGGAAAGCUGGGCUGUACGCUCAGCCUUGUGGGCAGCACGGUGAUGGUGAUACAUGCCCCAGAGGAUGAGGAGGUCACCACUCUGGAUGAAAUGUCUUCUAAGCUGAAAGAGCCAGGUUUCCUCGCUUAUGCUGCGAUCCUCUUGGCUGUCUGCCUCCUCCUGAUCUUCUACCUUGCACCCCGCUAUGGCCAGAGCAACAUCCUGAUCUACCUCACCAUUUGCUCUGUUAUUGGUGCCUUCUCCGUGUCCUCAGUCAAGGGCCUGGGUAUUGCCAUCAAGGGCUUCUUUGUUGGCCAGCCUGUGCUGCAGCACCCAUUGACAUGGAUCCUGGUCAUCACGCUGGUGGCAUCCAUCACUACACAAAUUAACUACCUCAAUAAGUCUCUAGACAUUUUCAACACCUCUUUGGUGUUUCCCAUCUACUACGUGCUGUUCACCACCAUCGUCAUCACAACUUCCAUCAUCCUCUUUAAGGAGUGGGUCACCAUGACCGUAGUCGACAUCAUUGGGACAGUUUGUGGCUUCCUCACCAUCAUUUUGGGGGUGUUUUUACUCCAUGCCUUCAAAGACAUGGAUGUCAGUUUAGGGAACCUACCACAAGUCCUCCAGAGUGGACAGCAAGCACCGGUCACCCGAGAUGACAAGAACAUCCUGAUAGAGGUGGACAACUCCAGCAUCACCCCAGAGGAUAAACCCAAAAUGCUUGCGUGAACUCUAAAAUACACACCAGUAUCUCAAAUGAAGGUGAGCGACAAGGACUGAAUGGUGCACGCCUGCUACUCCGACUCUGUUCAUCCAUCUUUAGUUACUUGCUCUGCAAAUAUGGGACAAGAAUAUUGGUGAAUACUGGCAAAACGUGGCGAAUUCUGGAAUGGGUGCUCAUUUAGGCUCAGUGACAGAACCCAAGCCAUGAAGUGUUUUUACAGGACUGUGGCAGAGAAAUCUUUUUCAGCUUUUGUUUCUUUGUGAGGUGCAGGAUUUUCCCUGCAGCACAGUGUAAAUGAAGUUUUAUGUGGGGUUUUGUUUGUUUGGGUUUUUUCCUCAGCAGCUGUGCCCAGGCUAUGUUGAUAGGGUUGAUGAAGCUGCUGGGCCUGAUACAAGACCUCAUCUGAGCGAGGGGCAGCCUCUGCUCAGGCUGGGGAGCUCUGGCAGAGGAAAUCUAUAAUCGGGAGAAACACUGCCACCACCUUCAAGACUUUUUAUGGUCUGUGAAAGUCUUUUCAGCCUGAAAGAUCAAGUGGCUCUUAAAAUUAAGUAUUUCAUUUCUUAGGAUAUGUCUUGACCCUGGAGAGUGCCCCAAUUGUUUGAGCCUCAUGACCUGUCCUGCUACCAUUUAAGUCCAAAAGUUUUGGGGUUUGUUUUUUGUUUUUCUUUUGGUUUUAAUUUUUUUUAGAGGGAUGUCUGAGCUGCAUAUUAAAAUCCAAACAGAUAUAAGUGGAUGAUGCUCUUCAGAGCUGUAGGGAUGCAGUUUAACCCAGAGUUGUCCCAUCCAUGCCUCUCCAUCUUUCUCAGUGGAUGUUACCUGGACUCUUGCUCACAGCUCACCUUCAAAACCCCCUUGGAUAUAUAUCAAGGGUGAGGAUGAAGGGAUGGGGGAAAUAACAUUUUGAGUUAGAAGGUGAAAAAGGGAGUUCAAAGUUUCUCCCAUCUUGCUGCUAGGUCUUACAGCAUGGAGAGGCUUAGAGCCCUUUGCUCACAGCAAAUCCCAAACCAGGAGCCACAAAGCCUGAGUUGGCUUUGCUAGGCCUCCUUGGGCGGGAGACAGCUCUGCCUGGGUUAGCCCUGGACCACAGCGCACACUGAUGCUGUCUGAGAUGCUGCCCUGCUUAUACCUGGGUCUGGGCAUCGCCGAGCAAAUGCAACUUGGGGUUGGAGGGGAGAGGAAUAUGCAAUCUCUUAUUUUA